UUUACUUCAUGGCAUCGCGUCCAUAAAAUGCGAUAUCAGUGAUUCAACGAAUACAUGAAAUUAAUUUUCUCUUCAGUCACAAGGUUUCUACCAUUAUCAGCUGAAAGCUUUAACUUAAAGCAUGGUUUUUGGAAACGAAUUCCACGAAAAUACGAGACGCCGGCAAUUCAAGACAAGCCACAGUGUUGAAAGUUUAACAUCAGGAAGUAGCGAUGGGGAAUCCCUUUCACCAAGGUUCUUUCGCGAAAGGAAAAACCCAUUAAAAAGGGCAAAAUCCUUUCAUGAGAUUAUCUACGAAAUGAGCUCAAGUACAAAGAAGUUAGAGGAAGAAACCUCGGGACUUUUGCGCGAUAUGGAAAGUCUACGUCAUCAGAACCAAAGCACAGGUAAACGGCUCCAGCGUCUGCAAAAAGUGUCAGGCGCCAUGAAGGAACAGCUACAGGCCUUCACUCCUUUGCGGUCAGUAAGUCAACGACAUCUCGACAGCAUCACAAGCGCCAAUGGCUAUGGAAAGAGAAACUGUCACUCGUCGGAAAAUCUGCAGACUGAAACUUGAUGUCCUGCAGACGUCGAGCUUGAGUCAACUCCGGAGUUGAGAGGAGACUUAAGAAGAAAAAAAAGAAGGCAAUGCAGUUUCCAUUACAAAUCAUAAGAAUCGGUUACGAAAUUCAGUUUGACAAGACUUUUGAAAUAUAACUGCGCAAAGGAAACCAGUCGUAAACAUGCCGGUCCCUAAAUAUAAACGGCUGAUAAAUAUGUAACACUGUAAGUGCACAAUAAAGCGACCUGUUUGUACCUCGUA